AUGUCGCGCUCAUCAGCUGGAUUUGCAGACUUCUUUCCAACCGCACCGUCCGUCCUCCAGAAAAAGCGCAAGUCCACCCGGGAGCGGCAUCGCUCUGGGGCCCAUACGGAUCGAGAGAAUAGCGAUGAAGGGCCUACACUUCUCUCAGAGCCUAAAGCGAUCCAUGAUUCGACACCAAGGCUUUAUGCGGAGGAUGGGAAGAUAGCGUCUGCUGUCAAUGGCGAUGGUCCCUCAAGUUCUGCAAGCGUGAGCGUCUCGGCUUCCCGCUCAUCGACCCAUAAUCAAAGCACGGCAUAUGGCAAUGAAGCACACCUGGAUACGCUUACACCGCUCACUAAUGCAGAAUCGUCGCCUACCCAGAAGCUAAGUCCAUCCCACGCAAGGGCGAUAAAUGGGAUUAAUGAGAGUUCGCGUAUUUCCAAGACCGAGGAAAUCAAGCCUGCCAUGACCCCUCUACAAACCCCGCCGACGCCGCGGUCGCAGAGUCGCCCUGCUGGAAAUGUGAGGGGUUGGAAGUUGACGUAUGAUCCUGAUUCUGAGAAACGAAUGUCCUCAAAAGAAAAGCGAAGAAAAGCGCGUUACGCGGACAUUGUCUCAAAUGGACAAGACGAUCGACCGGCAGACCCUCGUCUCAAAAUUCCUAAUUAUUCGCGUGGUGCUGGUUGCAAGCAGAAGACAAAGUAUCGACCGGCUCCUUACUCAUUGAAACACUGGGGAUACGACGCUUCGACAACCAUUGGUCCUGGACCCCCGGUACAGAUAGUAGUCACUGGGUUUGAUCCUUUGACUCCAAUUGCUCCAAUCAACGCAUUGUUCUCAAGCUUCGGAGACAUUGCUGAAAUCAACAACCGCACUGAUCCAAUAACCGGUAGAUUCCUUGGUGUAUGUUCUGUCAAAUACAAAGAUAGUGCGUCGUUCAGAGGAGGCGGACCUGUUCUUGCGGCCAGCGCGGCCAGGCGAGCCUAUUAUGAAUGCAAAAAAGAGCAGCGCAUUGGAACGCGCAGGAUCAGGGUUGAGCUAGACCGUGAUGGCAUCGUCUCGGAGAAGAUAGUCAUAAGGACAAUUGACUCUCAGAGGAUGGGAGACAAGAAUAAUUUCCUAGUCGCAGAAGAGCUCAAGGCAGACAUUCCGACAAAGAACAAUGAGCCUCCUCCAACGGCCCCCAAAGGCCCUUCAGGAAGGUCCUUGUUACGUCCUGCGGCUACCGUCCCCGAAGGACCAAGGGCAAGCUUCUUGAGGCCUGCUGCGCCAUCACUGGUUGAAGAAAUCCCUAUAUUGAGUCAGAUCAAACGCGACCCGUAUAUUUUCAUCGCACACUGCUAUGUACCGGUGCUCAGUACUACCGUUCCGCACCUAAAGAAAAGACUCAAAUUGUUCGAUUGGAAAGACAUCCGUUGCGAUAAAACUGGGUAUUACAUUGUUUUCGAGAAUUCGAGACGCGGCGAGGAGGAAACUGAGCGGUGCUACAAGAUGUGCCACAUGAAACCCCUAUUCACGUACAUCAUGAACAUGGAAAGCCAGCCCUAUGGAAAUCCUAACUACGAGCGGAGUCCGAGUCCCCAACGAUUGCAGGCCGAACAGCGAGAGCGAGCCGAAAAGAAUAGGCUGAAAAGGGAAGCAGAAUUGGAUGUUGAGGAAGAGAAGCGACAACGUGCCAUUGAUCUGGACCCAUGCAAAGAGGUGAUGGCAAUAAUCAUCCGGGAUUUGAGGGAUAAACUGCUUGAAGAUGUGAAGUCUCGAAUCGCUGCGCCGGCUUUGUAUGACUACCUGGAUCCAGAUAGACAUGCGACAAAGAGGAAGAAACUGGGCAUCCCUGACCCGGAGGGGGCCAAAAGGCCUAUGUUCCGGAUUGAUGUUGACAGCUCAGCUGGCACGCCGGAUUCGCGCUCCGACCUGUCAACCGGUCGAAAUCCUCUGAGUUCGUCUGGCCUCAACAUACUUGCUCUUCCACGAAUUAGAAAGGCCCACCGGCUGGAUCGCACAAAUACUGCCUUUUUGGAUGAGAGACGGAAACAACCUCUAAGAAGAAAAGAGGUCAGGCCACUUUACCAUCGACUCCAGCAACUACACGAUGUGGACGAUUCAGACGAUGAGCAGAGGACACCCUUUACAAGGGACACCGAAGAUUUGGAUAGUCGUGCCCCAAGUCGAUUGAGUUCUGAGACCUCUGAUUCAGAAGAAGACGUGGAUACGUUCACUUCUGAAACACUGGAUUUAUCUGUUGCAGGAAGGCAGAUCGAUAGCGAUAGGUCUCGUGACAUAGAAAAUUCGAAGAACGAUAUAUCUCCUGGUUCACCCAAUGAGGCUCAACAGCAUGUCACCCGCGAUCUCUCCCCCUUAUCCCGCAAAAGGAAACGGGAUGAUGAGAGAGCCAGGGCGCGGAAGAGGCAAAAAGAGGAUGUUGGAUUCUUCGAUGGGGACGAUGCGGGGCCAGAGGAGAAUCAGGUCGUGAGACGCUCGUCACCUGGGCCAGGAUCCAUCCUGGACGACGUCUCAGCGGCGGAUGACCCCUCUGUAACCAUCACAGAUCCUGCAGGCUCUCAAUGCCAUAUACUGGUAGACGGGCAGAAAGAUGACGCAGUGGCUCUUAUGCGCUCAUGGAGCUCUAAUGUUGAAUUUGAAGGCAUUGGCAAGGAUCAUCGCCAUCUAAUAUCCUCCGUUGGGAAUUUUGAGCAUGGUAAGCAGCGGGAUGGACCUAGAACGGAGAUUGAGUGGCGAGUGUCAAAUGACGAGCCUCGUUCAACGGUCGAGGAUGAUGAAUCAAUUGUGCUAGAUCUCGAUGGUUGGCAAAAUUUGAUAAAGGACGAGGAGGACCUGUGCUUUCUCCGUGAUGUCCUGGGCGAGGUCUCGAGGUCUAAUGUCGGGAACCUUUCGGCUUGGGCCUGGAGACAGAAGGAAAUUAAGGCACUCAAUCGCCCGGAAGAGUCUGGACCAGUACAUGAGGAGACUAGCAUUCCCGGCUACUACGUCUCAAAUAUCACCGGUGCAGCGAGGACCGAAGGAAGAAAGCGAAUCUUGGAGUCAGAAAAAUCGAAAUAUUUACCACAUCGAAUUAAAGUCCAAAGGGCUCGUGAGGAACGAGAAGCCAGGGCAAAGAGUGAUCCACACGCUGUUGCUGCUGAAGCGGCAAGGAUUGCUGCAGCAAAAACAAUAUCCAAGUCCACUUCCCGAUCAACAAGGGUCAAUAAUCGCCGUCUUAUUGCCGAUAUCAAUGCUCAGAAACAGGCUCUUCCCACCCCGAGUGGCGAUGGUGAUGUUCUCCGGUUCAAUCAGUUGAAAAAGCGGAAGAAACCAGUUCGCUUCGCCCGGUCAGCUAUCCAUAAUUGGGGCCUGUAUGCAGAGGAGAACAUAUCUGCGAAUGAUAUGAUCAUCGAAUACGUGGGAGAGAAGGUGCGGCAACAGGUUGCAGACAUGCGAGAAAGGCGUUAUUUGAAGAGCGGAAUUGGUAGCAGUUACCUUUUUCGUAUCGACGAGAACACCGUUAUAGACGCCACAAAGCGCGGCGGAAUUGCCAGGUUUAUCAACCAUAGUUGUACGCCGAAUUGCACUGCCAAAAUAAUUAAAGUCGAUGGCAGCAAGCGGAUCGUCAUAUAUGCUUUACGUGACAUUGAAAGGGACGAAGAACUGACCUAUGACUACAAAUUUGAGAGGGAGUGGGAUAGUGAUGAUAGGAUUCCAUGCCUUUGUGGUUCGACUGGGUGUAAAGGGUUCCUCAACUAA